AUGAGGAGGAACAACCUAUUGCUGGCACUCGCUGCCGGCGCUGUCCUGGCCGCCGCUCAGAACAAUAAUGCCCAAACCACUGCCGCCGGCACGACCAAGGCCACUUCGGCCGCUCAGACUGCUGCCCCUACGACAGACAAGUUGACUGGAGUCUCGUCCUUUGUCAAGUCUAGCAGUUCCAGCGCUGCCGCCUCGUCCACAACCGACUCUUCCAAGACUUCUGCCUCCAAGACCUCGAGUGGCGCCUCUUCUACCACCGUCUCACACUUGACCGAUCUACCUACACUCGCUGGUGCCACCGUCCCCGACAUGGUCAUUCCUUACACAGCCGACGCUCCCUUUAUGCAAAAAUCAAACGUACCUGAGGGUACUGUAUUCAUAGCCGUGGGUGCCUGUCUGGCUUUCUUAGGCGCCUGUGUACUGGCCUGGCGUGUGUGGGUUGCAUGGACCAUCAACCGCUCUGUCAAGCGUGCUGCCAUGGCCAGCGUCAUGGCUUCAGAUGCAAAGACCAAAUACGGCCCUGGUGGCAACCUCUACGCCAUGCCUCAAGGCUCUUCCCUCUCUCUCGAUGCACUGACCUCGGCUGGCAAGCCUCUAUCCUCUGCCGGUCUCAAGAAGGAGAACCGCAAGAGCACACAACCAACAGCAGACCCCUCAUCCCUCUUCUUCUCUCCUACUGCUGGUCAGCGCAACUCAGCAUACAUGCCCAUCAACCAGAACCGCAGUUCCACCUACUUGCCUGCUGGAUACUACGCCACUCCCGGUGCUCAAGCUGCUGGCGGCCGCGACUCUAUGCUCAUGGGCGGCGUACCAAACCUGCAACCUACCAACCAUCGCUACUCUCGUGCUGAGUACUCUCCACCAUCCAGUAGAGAUGGCUCUCGCCCACGCAGCAGCAUAAACCCACACUCACACCAGAGAACUGGCUCUAACGCCAUGCUCAGCCCAACACACAACCUCUACGCUCAACCAAGCACAAGCAGCUUGGCCGUUGGUUAUGGCGCUCAAGACGAUGGCAGUAACGUCAGCAGCAAUGUGCCUGAGCCACGUGCCCCUAGCGCAUACUUUGACGACGUGCUCCACGAACAUGGUAACGGUCCUCGCGAACGUUACUAG